CUGCACCUCGUAAACAAUGCUACCCAAUUGGCUAACCGCAGAGUAUUUGCAGCCCAAGCUGAGGGCCUACUACAAGGAUGAUCAGCUGAAGGUCCUUAAAGUCUGGGCCAAGCCAGCAACUGAAAAAGGCCAGAACUACAUAAGCCUCAUGACCCGUAUCCAUGUGGACAUUCAACAGAGCGAUGGAGUAUUUCAGAAUAAAACCUACAUUGUCAAGGAAGCCCUGACAGAGAGUGUGCCCCAGGCCAAGGUGUUUUUGGAGUACGAUGUGUAUAACCGGGAAAUGGAUAUGUACGAGUUCAUGCUGCCCAAGAUGAAGGAACUUCUUCUAGAAGUUGGCCUCACCGGAAAGUUUACUGCAGAUACGAUUUUUGUAGACAGGGAAUAUAGUACCAUGAUACUGGAAGAUCUGGCAGAGUAUAACUACGUGAAUGCAGAUCGAGUGAAGCAGCUGGAUCUGGCUCAUACGAAAUUGACUCUCGAAUUGUUAGCCAAGUUCCAUGCCGCAUCCAAAGUCGUGAAACAACGCCAUCCGGAACUUUUGACCAAGAGCCUUUAUACUCAUUUCUUUUCGCGUGACAAAAAGGGCUACACGGAGGUGUACAAGGGAAUCUUAUCGGCCUUUAUAAGGUUCAUAAAUGGACAACCAGAUUUAAGGGAAAAGUACGGUGAUAAAGUAGAAAAGCUGCAUGAAAACAUCAUGGAGUUUGGAGCUCGAACCUUUGAAGUUGGAGAACACGAGUUGCUGGCGUGCAAUCAUGGUGAUUGCUGGACCACCAACUUUAUGUAUCAGUACGAUGAUGCGAGUAAUCCUCAAUCCGCCAUAGCCAUAGACUUUCAAUUCAGCAACUUCACUUCACCUGCCAUCGACUUGCAUUUAUUCUUCACCGUCUCGGUGAGGGAUGAAGUCCAGGACAUGGAAUCCGUUCUGGUUGAACAAUACUACAGCCACCUCAAAACGAACCUGGAAAAUCUUGGCUAUAAGGGAAAAUGUCCCAGCCUCCAGGAGUUCCAGAAGCAGUUCGAAGGUCGUCGUUUCAUGUGUCUAUUGGCCCAUCUCUUCAAACCUGUUAUUAUAUACGACGGUACUGAAGUGACCUCCGACUUCUCAAGUGUCUAUAAAGAUACCGAAGAGGGCAUUCGAUUCCAGAAUGUUAUCUAUGCCAACGAAAGGGUGCUGAGAAGUGCAACCAAAUUAUUAGCCAUGCUUGAUGCCAAGAGCGUUUUGGAUAUGCAGUAGGCUUAGCUAUGUUAGUACUAAUCAUAUAAGUAAUAUCGUGAUGUGGCAAUAAAUAAGAAAGUCACACUAUAUUCAUAACAUAUAAAAAAAUACAUAUAUUUAAAUUAUAAACUAGUUAUAUUACUACCAUAAGGAUUUAUUUCUUAUGGAGGGCAAUAUUUUCCACGCUCUGCAAUCUCGAAUCGCAUCUGCUACAUGGACAAACACUCAUCUGGAGUUAUGCUGGGCAGUAUUUUCCAGGUGCAGAGAUGCCAAUAUCGUGUUAUCCAUUCUAAUUAGCCCUGCCCAUGCUCGUGGCCCAUCAUUCGCCCGCUCUUAGCCUGCGAUGGUCGGUACAUUUGAGUCGGGCCAAGACGGCAUUGCCUUUCGAAAUUUACAUUGGCCAUUGGGCGCCUAGCAUGCACUAAAUUUAACGUCAGUGCCCCUUGGCCAAAGUCGAAGCCACUUCCCAGCCCCAUAAACUUGGUCGGCUCUCUUCUCAGAUGGGAAUUGCAAAUAUACAUACAUGCAUAGGAUAUACCUCGCUUUCUGGCCAAUUAAUUUACGCGCACUUGGCGAGCACUUUGGAUGGUUGGCUUAGAGAGAUGCGGCACGAUGCUUAUCGCCGGAUUAAACCUACAUAUAUCAUUUCAUUAUUAUUUGCCCGCUAACGGUGGACCAACUGGAUAUGGCGCUCCCUUUGGUGGGCUCGUCGCGCUGAUGCCGGCAACAUUUCUAAAUUAAUUAGCCGAGGACGAGGGGCUUGGCUGGCUGCACUGCACCAACUCCCGGGUUGAGCAACCAAUUUUGACAGCAU